GACGACCGGAAAAUCUGGGCGAAGACGAGGUGACGUUAGUUCAGAGAUGGAGGGGAAAGUGAACACCGUCGAUGCCUCAGAUGGAACGAAUGAAUCCAAACAGCCAGAAUUCAUCACUGUAAGACUGGGGACCAAUGAAAGAGGACCACAGACGGGGUCUGCUGAAAUUUCCCACGUUGAGCCAAAACUGGAACCUGAGGACCAGGCAGUGACCUCCGCGUCUCCUGUCGCAAAGCGCACAGAGGAUAUUGUUAUUUUCGAUCAGAAUGGACAAGCGCUUCAGUAUGAACGUAUGGUGAUUGUGACAGGACACGCAGAGAAUGGGCAGUUGUAUGUUAUUCCAUCCAAUCAACUGAGUGGUGCCCAGAUGCUGGUGCCCCAUGUUGAACUGCUGGAUGUAGUCGAUGCAGCAGGUGGUUCUGUGGAUAAAACUAGUCCUGAGGACCUGCCAACAGUUACCGUAGCAACAGUAAAUGAUAGUGCAGACAGUUCAGCCCUGCUGACAACUCAGAGUGUUACCUCUAUCAAAGCUCUGCCAAAAAGUUCUUCUGAUGUUUUUGUAACCCCGCUGAAGCCUCUCCCACCCAGUGCUCCUAACUGGGCUUUGAGACUUCGCGACUGUGAGAAGAUUGGAGAUUCAUAUCGGGGUUACUGUACCACAGAGGCUGAGUUGGAAGCAGUUCUACUCUUGCAUAAGCAGCAGACGCACUCUGUGUUUGGUACACGCCAGUCUCCAUCCCCUGCCAAAGCAGCCACACGCCUUAUGUGGAAGUCACAGUAUGUCCCCUAUGACGGCAUUCCUUUCGUCAAUGCAGGCAGCCGGGCAAUAGUGAUGGAGUGCCAGUUUGGGCCACGGAGGAAAGGUCUACCUUCCAAAAAGGGUGUAGAGCAUGAGACCAAUCAAAAUGGGAGUUACAAAGCCACUUGUCCUGCUAGAAUCUACAUCAAGAAGGUGCGUAAAUUCCCAGAGUACGGAGUGCCAACAGAUCCCAAAGUGGAUAAGAAGGUUGUUCGACAAGAGCAGGAAAAAGCCUUUUUCAAUCUAAAGAAAGGGCUGUGGGAUGCUGGUGGUGUUAUAAGGUACUAUGUACAGCUGCCCACACAGAAAGCACACCUCUAUCAUGACGUAGACUCUCCAGUCCUUCCCUCUCCUCCUGAACAACCCUUUGUAGAGGAACAAGAGAACGCAGAGGAGUUGACGAAUCAAGAGAGCAGUGAGAGAGAAGGGAGAGAGGAGGAGAGCAGCACUAUCCCCUCACGUUUGCACCCCCUUGUGGCCGAGAAGAUUAAAGAACUGGUGGCACAAGGGCAUCACCAGGUUUACACUGUCCGCAAACAGCUCAGGCGGUUUGUUGAACGGGAGAUGUUUAAGUCUGAUGAAGUUCCUGAGAGACACAACCUGUGCUACUUCCCAACAGUAAAUGAUAUUAAAAAUCACAUCCAUGAAGCCCAGAAAGCCCUCCAGCAGACAGAAAACCCCUCACCACCCCCAGUCUCUGAGUGGAGGAGAGAAAGUACCAACCUCCUGACCGAGACUGUGACACUAACACUGACCCCUGCUACUGUGGAUGUGAGCAUGCCAAGGACUGGUGCUUUGGAGGGCAGUGAAACACUCUCCUCUGAAGCAGUCCAGCUGUUCAGCUCGCUGUCUUCCCUACAGCCCAAAAUCUUUGCACAACUGCAAGGUGUUCAACUCCAACAGGCUCCCAUAGAAGAACUCUCCCUUCCCCAGCCUAUGUCUGCUCCAGAUGUUCUCGACUCCUCUAGCUCUCUGCUCCCGCAGCCUUUCCUCCUCAGUCCCACACACUUUCUACAAACCAGUUCCUCUCUUGGAGAGCCUGAGACCCUUUCCGUCGGUGUUUCCACGGUGACAGAUGGGGGGGCCAGCGGAGGCGUGGCUCAGAUUGUGUUGCAGGAUGGACAGAGCAUUCCAGUGCAGAUUGUUGAUCCAGCCAGUUUGGCUCUAACCAGUCUGGGAGAAGAGGGUCAAGUGACAGAGAAGAGUGAAGCUGAGGACACAUCCAGCCUUUCAGGGACCACCGCAGAGUAACUCCCCCACAUAAACACACGCAAACACAAACACUGCUGUUCUCCACGUUUCCUCUGCUCUGCCGGCACCAGCCUUAGGAAUUUGGUUGUGCGAUUUCUGUGACUGUAAAAAAAAAUAAAAUGUGAAGACGCUUCAGGUAUUGACACUGGAUGCAAAGAGCAGUCUGGAGUUCGGACACUAACACUGGGAGAAAAGAACAUUCUGGACUUUUGAAAUACAGAGUAAACGUAAGCUCUAUGCAACAACUACAUGCAUGAUGGGUUUUCUUUGUUUUUUUUUGUUUUGUUUUGUUUUUUUACUGACCAUGGAUGAAAUGACUUGGCUAUUUUAAUUUAUUAAAAAACGUG